UCACGACAAUUACGCAAUUGUCUUAGCAGAAUCGUCGCCUAGAAAAACCUGCGUCGUCGUUGUUAAAGAUAACAGUAUGCAUCAUGAUCGAUUAGAUGAUACUUCGAUAGUAAGAAAUAUAGACGAUAGUUGAAAAUCACAACAGAUUCGACAUUCGCGCCUUAUUGUUUAAUGUUAGCAAAAUGUUUCGAUCGUUCUUCUCGGUAUGCUCGAAAGUCAACAAGUAUUUUGUUUUUUAAAUCUUCAAAGAUAAUACCAAGUGCAUAAGAAAACAAGUGGCAUAAAAAUAUAAUCAUUAAAAGUUGUUUUUCUAAUAGUGAGAAACAGAGAGAAAGAGAGAGAGAGAGAGAGAGAGAGAGAAAGAGAAAAAGAGAGAGAGAGAGAGAGAGAACGAGAGACAUAUUUUGCGAAUGUGCGAAAGACAUAUAUAGGCAGAAAGUGAUCGUCAUUUUGUAGUAAACGUGUGUUUACUUCGAGCCAUGUGUGUUUACAUUUUUUUUUCUUUUUUCACCGACUAUCGAGCAAGUGUCGAUUGUUGAAAUGACAAAAGGAUCAAUCAACUGUGAAACGUGUUAGCGUUAGUUGGUGUAAACUUAAACGUUUAAUUCAAGCAGCUAACAAUUUUCAUCAUUAUGAGUGCAUUGUGUUGCAUCGGGUUAUCCGUAGCGUCAAGAAUUAUCGGCACUUAUACAUUGGCUCUCUCGAUACUUAUAAUAAAUGUCUUCAUGAGUCAUUUCUUUAUUGGAAAUCACGAACAUGAUUUCUUUGGAACUGUUGAAUCCUGGGCUCCCAUUGGCUUGCAUUGGGCUCUUGUUUUCAAAUAUUUUCGAUUGGAUAGACAAUCUCAAGUCAUUGCCAUUUGUUCGUACGCUAUUUUCGUAUAUAGCAUGCUGUUUUUAAUAUCAAGCGCGUAUCUUACGUAUGGAUCGAUCACAAGGAAAUCUAAGUAUGCCGUGCCUUGGUUAUAUAUGCAAAUGGUUAGCAUAAUAGAUCAGUCAACGGCGCUAGGUAUUCAAUUGAUACACGAACGAUAUGAUGUUUUCGAUAAAUCGACAUGGUACAUUCCACUCUGUUGCAUUUAUUUACUACUCAAUGCAUAUUUCUGGAUGGUCGUGCAAAGUUCACGCAGAGAAUGGUCCAAAAACAUAGAAAAUCAACAAAUCUCACAAAUAUCUGGAAACCUUACCGAUGAAGUUACAACUAAAUCACCUUCCUACGUAUCGUUGAGCUUCAUGACAAAUCAAUCUUCUUAUCAACCAUCGAACACUUUACCCUUUUACGAUACCUCGAAUAGCAUGAAAUGAAAUGAACAAAAGACUAUAUUAUUCAUCAUAUCGAGUCGCCGAACAUCAACGAAGUUACUCGGUUUGUGGGAUAUGUAAAAAAUUGAAAUCGUCCGUUAAAAAUUGAAAUCGUCUGAUAAAAAUCGUUUAUGUUUUACGAUAGAAUAAUUUUAUAUUAUGAAGAACGAUAAGAACGAAAAUUCCUUUUUUACAAAGUUCUUCGAUUUUAUAUAUGGUGCUUGAAAUUUGGCGAGUUUCAAAUCGAACGAAUUAAUAUGUAUUUAUUUGUAUAAACAUCUUAUUUUGUUUAUUUUUUUUUCUUCAUUAUUUGUUGAUAAAAUUAAUGAAAGAAAUCGAUGAUCCAUUAUUAUUUUCGUUCAAUUAAUUUCAAAAUGAAAAAUGUUUGUCGAUAAGCGAAGUAGCAAACAACCGAUGUUCCAUUUCUCUCUUUUCCCUUGCAUUUACGAUAGUUUUUGUAAAAUUUUCUAAAGUUAAGACCGCGUAAUAACCAUUGACAUUUUUCUUUUCAGUCAAUGGAUUACUUGUAUUUUUUUUCUCUUUCACUCUCUCUCUCUCUCUCUCUCUUUCUCUUUUUCUCUCUCUCUCUCUCUCUCUCUCUCUUCCUUUUUCGUUUUCUUGUACGCAGAAUGAAUCUCCUUCUGGAAAGUAGAAAAGAAAAAUGUAUAAUAAUGCGGGUAAAACGAUAAAUCAAUUGGGAGAUGCGACUAAUAGAGUGUAUCAAGCGGAGCUGUCCCUCGACCCUAAAGGAGAAAGAGAGAGAGAGAGAGAAAGAGAGAGAGAGAGAGAGAGAGAGAGAGAGAACAUUGCUAUGCAUAGAGAAAUAUGAAAAAUGGAUCUCACUUUACGUCGAAAUACUUUUAAACUUAGGCGAUUGAAAUCUCACGCAAGCAUAUUCGAAGUCAUAGUAACAGAACUGCUGGCUACACGCGUGUAUCUCGUAUACCGAACGAGCAAAACUCUUGUCAACUUUUCGUUAUAUACUUAGGAAUAAUAAUCGAGAUGACAAUAGUCGAUGGAGGAAGGUUUUUACUUCGAUUUAUGUCGAAUACUUUCGUUGCUUUGCUACUUUGAUCGUUCAAUCGUCGUAGAUACAUCGAAAUGGAAAUUAUUAUCAUUGAUGUUUGCGUGUAUGCGAAUUGAAAGAAAGUGAUCUUCAAAUCUUUAGAAGGAAAAAGAUUAACGUAGUAUUGUAGAUACAUAAGUAUUUAUAUACGUAUGAGAAGGGUAAAGAUACGCAUUCUGAUUGGUCGACCGCAGUACCGCUUUUAAAAAGAACUGAGCGAGUCAAUUUGUAGACUGUCGCAAAGUUUUAAAACACUAGUUGACAGGCGACGGUUCAGGACCCUUAUGUACUAUUCCCCUUCUACAAGAGACUCCUGAAGGAUUCCACCACCAUCUUUUUCCUCUUAUCCUUCUUCGUUCGAUCUCGAAGCCACGAUACUCACCCCUCCGUAUCGUGGGAAUCGAUGGAUUGUAAAAUAAAACUAACUUGGCUUUUUCGUGGAUCGAAAGCGAAGUACUCGGCGAAAUCUCAUUCUCGCGGGACUCUUUUAUUUCCAUAUACCCCUUUUCAGGCACGACCGUAGGGAGUGUCUUACACGAUAACAAUAGAUACGCCUAUAUGUUUUGCAAAAGUGUUAUGUAAAAAUCAAAUAGAAUCGAUUCUCCUCGGUUUUAAAUAUAAAAGUGUUUAUUAUUAAAUGGACGUUAUUUUAACAAUUUUCAAUUUAAAGUAAAAAAUCGACAUUUCCUGCAGUAGUACAUAAGCUAUAUGUAACAUUUUUGUUAUAUUUGAUUGAAGUCAAUUUAUUGUUAUAAUUAAAAGAGGUUUACAUAUACACAUACAUUUAAAAAAACGUCGAAUUUUUUUUUGAAAUGAUUAAAAUCGAUCAACAGUGGGAUCAAUCGUAGCUUUGCCCUGAUCUACUCGUGAGAUAAUGUAUAGAUUCGUUAUUAAAUAUUUCAAAAAAGUGCAUCACAACUAUUUCAUGAUUUUUACAUAGAUUUCUACAUUUCGGGCAUAUAAAAGUAUAUGUGCAAUAUUUUAUAAUUAUUACUAUGUUACGUUUAUUA